UAAAUAAUUUACAAAUACUUUAUAAGCCAAUUAUUUUUAUUGAAAUGCUAAUUGUUAAACAUUGUACAUUAAAAUUUAAUAAUUUUGGUUGUUGUUAACGAUUCAAUAAUAUAACAUAAAUUUUAGGACCUGACCUAAUUUCAGAAUUGUUCAUAAAUUGUACAUAUUGUUCUUUUAUUAUAAUUCGCAUUAUUUAAAAAUGGAAGAAGAAAACAUAACUGUGAUUCUUAGUAAUUCAGCUGAAAAUAUAACAAAAAAAAUGACUCGUGAAGAAAUAAUGAGAGAAGAACAUCGAAAAUUACAUGAAGCACAUAAAGGUCAUGAAUCAAUGCAUGCUGAAAUGCUUUUAAUUCUUAUGGUUACCAUGAUUGUUGCCCAGAUAGUAUUAAUUGAAUGGAAAAGAAGACAUUUUAAAUCUUUUCAAGUUGUAACAUUUAUUGCAUUGUGGAUUAUACCUUUUGUUAUGUGUUUGCGUAUGUCCUAUUGGAGGUUCAUAUUUUUUUGGAUUUUGUUUUCUUUAGUAACAACAAUUGUUGUACGAAAAGCUUUACAAAAACCAUUAAAAGGAUCAACUCCAAGAUUGGUGUAUAAAUGGUUCUAUUUUAUCUACAAAUUAACAUAUGUGGUGGGCAUCAUCGGUUAUUUCAUUAUGGUAGCAGCAUUUUUUGGUCUCAGUGUCAUUUUCAAUGUAAAUCCUGCUGUUUGGAUGGAUUUUGGUUUAAUCAUUAUGUAUUAUGGACUAUAUUUUGGAGUAUUAGGGCAAGAUGUUGCUGAAAUUUGUGCAUCUGCCAUGGCUGCUCAUUUAGGAUAUUACACACCACAAGGGAUGCCCACCAGAAGUUUAGAUAAAAAUAUUUGUGCUGUAUGUGGAAAUAAACUCUUAUUGAAUGCUGGAGAAGAAGGCAUAAUUGAAUCUACCUUCCAAUUGACCUGUGAUCACACAUUUCAUGAAUUUUGCAUAAGAGGUUGGUGUAUUGUUGGAAAAAAGCAAACUUGUCCAUAUUGUAAAGAAAAAGUUGAUCUCAAACAUAUGUUCCGUAAUCCAUGGGAAAAACCACAUGUUUUGUAUGGUCAACUAUUAGAUUGGUUACGAUGGUUUGUAGCUUGGGGACCAAUUAUUAUGAGUAUAAUACAAUUUAUAAACUAUAUUUUGGGACUGAAAUAGGUUAAUAAAACUAUUGAAAAUAUUUACAGUGUAUUGUAAUUUAUACUUUGUAUACUAAUUUGUUCCUUUCAUUAAAAUAUGGACAUAACUUUUACAUAUAUAUUUUACUCAAUUAUAAAUUUUGUUUCAAAUAUCAUAUUUAAUGUAUUUAAAAAUAUACAAUGAAGCUUAA